AUGCCAAUUCCUCCUCCCCCUCCACCGCCCCCUGGUCCUCCUCCACCUCCCACUUUUAAUCAGGCAAACACAGAGCCGCCCAAGCUGAGUAGAGAUGAGCAGCGGGGUCGAGGUGCCCUAUUACAGGAUAUCUGCAAAGGGACCAAGCUGAAGAAGGUGACCAAUGUUAAUGAUCGGAGUGCUCCCAUCCUUGAGAAACCCAAAGGAAGCAGUGGUGGUUAUGGCUCUGGAGCAGUUGCCCUGCAGCCCAAGGGAGGUUUCUUCCAAGGGGGAGUGCCGAAGCUCCGACCUGUGGGAGCCAAGGAUGGUUCAGAGAACCUAGCUGGUAAGCCAGCCCUACAAGUCCCCAGUUCUCGAGCUGCUGCCCCAAGGCCACCGGUGUCUACAGCCAGUGGGCGCCCUCAAGAUGAUACAGACAGCAACCGAGCCUCACUCCCAGAACUGCCCCGGAUGCAGAGACCAUCGUUACCGGACCUCUCUAGGCCUAAUACCACCAGCAGUACAGGCAUGAAGCACAGCAGCUCUGCCCCUCCUCCACCACCCCCGGGGCGGCGGGCCAACGCUCCCCCUACACCUCUGCCUGUGCACAGCAACAAAGCCCUAGCCUACAACAGAGAGAAACCCUUGCCGCCCACACCUGGACAAAGGCUGCACCUUGGUCGAGAGGGACCUCCUGCUCCACCCCCAGUCAAACCACCUCCUUCCCCUGUGAAUAUUAGAACGGGACCAAGUGGCCAGUCUCUGGCUCCUCCUCCUCCGCCUUACCGCCAGCCUCCUGGGGUCCCCAAUGGACCCUCCAGUCCCACUAACGAGUCAGCCCCUGAGCUGCCCCAGAGACACAAUUCUUUGCAUAGGAAGACACCGGGGCCUGUCAGAGGCCUAGCGCCUCCUCCACCCACCUCAGCUUCUCCCUCGCUACAGAGUAAUAGGCCACCACCCCCAGCCCGGGACCCUCCCAGUCGGGGAGCAGCUCCUCUACCCCCACCACCCAUGAUCCGAAAUGGUGCCAGGGAUGCUCCCCCUCCCCCACCACCAUACCGAAUGCAUGGGUCAGAACCCCUGAGCCGAGGAAAGCCCCCACCUCCUCCCUCAAGGACGCCAGCUGGACCACCCCCUCCUCCUCCACCACCCCUGAGGAAUGGCCACAGAGAUUCUAUUACCACUGUCCGAUCUUUCUUGGAUGAUUUUGAGUCAAAGUAUUCUUUCCAUCCAGUAGAAGACUUCCCUGCUCCAGAAGAAUAUAAACACUUUCAAAGAAUAUAUCCCAGCAAAACAAACCGAGCUGCCCGUGGAGCCCCACCUCUGCCACCCAUUCUCAGGUGA